AGAGCGCGCAUGCUUGGGCUAUAGCAUAAAAAUGUUACACUCUCUUUCGAUUUGACGACUCUUCGGUGACUUCUCUUGGCGCUGACAAGCAACCAGUUCGUUAGACACACUCCACGGCAAUACAACUUGGGGCUCGGAACGAGUUUGGCGUCAGUUCAAAAUGCUGGCGGUGUAAUAAAACGCUUAACGGAGAUUAGCGGCUGGCUGGCAUGCAAAUAUCUAACUGAAUACCAUCAAAUGACACACUCGCAGUUGUGCGCUUAUCACACAGCAACGUGCAACGUUUCGCCCCAAUGACAAACUCCAACUCCAACUCAAAUCCAAAUCCUCCAAUGGACUUCGAUGAGAUAUUGGCCAAGUGCGGCAAUAGCCAUCGCUAUCAGUACUUGCUGUUGGGCCUUUACGGUUUUCUCAUGGUCUUCGUAUCGAUGCAUUAUUUCUCACAGAACGUGAUCAGUUUUGUGCCCGAUCAUUGGUGCUAUCACGAGCAGCUGGAGAAUCGCAGCUUCGACGAGAUCGCAGCGAUCUACAGUCAGUUUGACAAACCUUCGUGCACGCGGCUGGCAACAAUCGAUAUCGAUGGAGGAAAUGCCACUAUCAGCAAAGAUCGCUGCGAUCGCUGGAUUUACAAAUAUGAUUUCGGCUUUCGCAGCAUGAAUAUUGAGCUGAAUUGGGUUUGUGAUGAUGCCUACAAAGCGCGAGUUGGCCAAUCUCUGUUCUUUAUUGGCUCCAUGUGUGGCACGCUUGUUUUUGGCUUAUUAGGCGAUAAUAUUGGGCGUGUCAAGGCUUUGAUAUUGGCCAAUUGCUGUGGAUUCCUGGGCGAUUUUUCAACCAUCUUCACGGGCAGUUUGACUGCGUUUUCGAUAACCCGUUUCAUUUCAGGUCUCGCUGCCGAUGCAAACUCGUACCUGAUGUACAUUCUUCUGCUCGAAUAUGUUUCACCCUCGCUGCGCAAUGUUGCUUUGAACACAGUCUUGGGUUCGUUCUACUCUUUGGGUCUGAUUGGCGCCUCUUGGCUGGCUGUUUUGGUGGGCAACUGGCGCUUCUUUCUGGCCUGCUCUUCGCUGCCUUUGCUGCUCGUUACACUCUUCUACUUUCUGGUGCAGGAGAGCGCUCAGUGGCUGGUAACACGCGACGAUAUCGAUGGCGCCAUUCGGCGACUGCAACGCGUGGCCAAGAUUAACAGGCGUGUGGUCAGCGAUGAUGACUUCAAAGCAUUCCGCAGCUAUUGCCAGAGCAACUAUUGCAAGUCGGAAGCGACAGCUGAGGAGGAACAGGCCAAGUUAACAGACAUGCUGAAGACGCCGCGCAUGCGAUGCAUGGCCUUCAAAAUACUGCUCAUCUUCAUCAUUGUUGUGCCUGCUUAUAACACCAUAGCUCGCAAUGUCGAAGGACUCGGCAUCUCACCGUUCAUUAUGUUCUCACUCAACGCUCUCAUGUUGCCACCUUCGGGCUAUCUGCAGGGCUUUCUGCAGGAUGUCAGCGGACGCAAGUUGACUUCUGUUAGCUGGAUGAUGAUAACGGGCAUCUUUGCUGUGGCCGCUGGGCUGGUCAUAGCACAGGGUCAGAAUCGCAGUGUUUUCUUGCUGGUGGGCUUAACACUUGUGGCACGCUUUGGUGUCUCGAUUGCCGAUGGCGCAAGCUCUCAACUCUGCACCGAAUUAAUUCCCACAUCGGUGCGUGGGCGUGGCGUUGGCGUCGCCCAUGUGGCGGGCUUUGCUGCCUCGUUCUUAUCGCCGUUCAUCAUUCAUUUGGGCACUUACUUUAAGCCCGCACCCUCGAUUAUACUUGGCCUGCUUUUCCUCGCCGGUGCUUACAUAUGUCUGCUAAUGCCCGAGACACGCAACAAGAAGUUGCCCAUGACCGUGGCCGAGGGCGAGAAGUUUGGCAUUGGCGAACGCAUGUUUGACUUUCUGCUCGAGUUUGGCAAGGACAAGGAGACGGAAGUGGAACUUGAGGCGGAAUUGAAAGACAAGGAAAACGCUUAAACAGCAAUAUCCAUUACAAAUUAAAUACUUUAUUUCAUAUUUGUUAUAAUUUAAGCACACAAUUUGUUAUUAAUCCCAGUGGAAGAAAUCAUUCCAGUCCAUAAGCACAAAUU